AGACGAGGUUUUGCUGUGUUUGCCAGGCUGGUCAUGAACUCCUGAGCUCAGGUGAUCCGCCCACCUUGGCCUCCCAAAGUGCUGGGAUUCCAAGUGUGAGCCACCGCGCCUGGCCCAGAACCUUAAGUUCUUGAUGUACAGAGAACGGCAGCGUCAGUGAAGUGUGAUUUCUGUUUUUUUGUUUCCACAAAUUGUGAGCAAACAUUAGGGUGGGGACUGGGUUGCUUGUGUGGGUCCCACAGGCUUCUUGGAGCACAGUGUCAGCAGAGAAGGGGAAUGGGGGUCCUCAUUGCGGGGAGCAGUUUUGCCUGGGAUGCUGUGAGUUUCUCAGAGGGAAACUAAGUGGACAGACUGUUCUGGCAAGAGGGAGAUGCUUGCCUUUUGAAUUCCAGGUUUGCCUCGACGUCAGGUGGGACGUGACUGGCGUCGUCUGCACACGCCCGAGCCCACGUGCUGUUCCUUGCUCCUGGAGGGGUUUCUUGAGCGUCGCCUCCUUGCCAUGUAAAUGAAUUUGGUUUUAGAAACUCGCUGGUGGUGGCAGAGCCUGUGUAGCAGGUGCUGUGACAGCGUCCCCAGCCAGGGGGCAGCCUUCGAGGUGGGAGGGAGAGGUCAAGGGCCGUGAGGCCUAGUGAGGUGGGGAGUGAGAUCCACGCCUGCCAUGAGCUCCACCCCUGCCUUGCGGAGCCCUGUCCCGAGUGCUCUGUCCUUUUGCUCUGCCGCACCCUUUGUUGUUGGAUUUUCACCUCAGGAAAGCCAGGUAGCUGCUCCACCCCCAGCCAGGGCCCAUCAGUCCGGGAAACUGGCACAAAGUCUCCUAGCUCCCUGGCUCAGGGCCCAGCCAGUCCUAGCUCCAGGGAGGCUGCAGCCCAUGGAGGUUUAGCUCCCAGCUUGUUGUCACCCCAGGCUAAGCAGUGGGACUGUGCUGCUGAACAGGAAGAAGGGAAUGGUGUCUUUGUGGAGAUCUGGCACUGUCAGUGGCCCGAGGAGUGGAUGAGUCCUUUGUUAUUCCGAGGUUGUGGGAACUGGUGGAGGGGUCGGCCUUCUCCUCACUGAGGCCUGGGGUGCCCUUGGAGGCAGUUGUCCUGGUGCACCGAGGGGUCAGGGCACACAUGGGUGGCCUGGGAGCGUCUGGGUGGCACUGAGCUGGCGGUGUGAUGGGCAGACGGGGAGACCUGGGUGCACAGACACACACAGCAGGGGGAGGGGAGGAGAGAGAGGAAGGCUGCAGAGGCCCUGGCAUUGCCACCACUGGGGAGAGGGCAGAAGCGCCUGUUCCCGGGUAUGGGGAGGCCAAGUUUCAGGCACCUCUGAGCACUGCUGGGCAGGUGAGCUGGGGGAGAGGCUGGCCUGAGCACCCAGGCGAGGUCUUCAUGGGGGAGGGGAUGGCGUGCGUCCCUCAGUGUGAACACAGAAUAUUUAUGUAUACAUAUGGCACGCACGCAAGUGCAUGAACAUAAACACAGAAGGAGGUCAUGAAUGAGGUGGGAACCCCAGUUUCCCGGGGGAGAAGCGAGACGAGGAGGGGUACUGGGUCGGACAGCACGGCCGGCACCACACGCUCCCAGAGCGCGUUGGUGAGACAGGAUGGGCGCCCCUUCAGAUGCACAGCCGCCCCCGAAGCAGGAAGAGAAACCCAGGUGUGAGAAACAGGAAAUCGGGCUGCCUGAGCGCUGGGAUUGAGACCUGGGGGCGGUGGGGUCUCGGUGCUGCGGAGUCACAGUGGCGUCUGUGCAAAGCCCCAGCUGGGGGGAUGAUUCCCACUGGACCUCAGGAGGAAACGGCUGUUCUGACCUUCCUGGAGCUCGUGGGAAGGGAGGGGGUGUCUCGCCCCGAAGCCACAGUCGCCUGAGCGUGAAGCGGGUCGUCUGUUUCUACGCUUUGCCUGGGAGAGGCCCUGGUGGCCUCGUUCCUGGCGCCCGGAGUCCCUGCUGCGGCCCCACCCCCGGGCGGUCACGGUGACCCAUGCUGCCCAGCCUGGAGGUAAAAUCGUUCGUGGCUGUGGCUUCAGCAUGUCGUCCUCGGUGAAAACCCCGGCACUGGAAGAGCUCGUUCCUGGCUCCGAAGAGAAGCCGAAAGGCAGGUCGCCUCUCAGCUGGGGCUCUCUGUUUGGUCACCGAAGUGAGAAGAUUGUUUUUGCCAAGAGCGACGGCGGCGCAGAUGAGAACGUACUCACCGUCACCAUCACGGAGACCACGGUCAUCGAGUCAGACUUGGGUGUGUGGAGCUCGCGGGCGCUGCUCUACCUCACGCUGUGGUUCUUCUUCAGCUUCUGCACGCUCUUCCUCAACAAGUACAUCCUGUCCCUGCUGGGAGGCGAGCCCAGCAUGCUAGGUGCGGUGCAGAUGCUGUCCACCACCGUUAUCGGGUGUGUGAAAACCCUCGUUCCUUGCUGUUUAUAUCAGCACAAGGCCCGGCUUUCCUACCCACCCAACUUCCUUAUGACGAUGCUGUUUGUGGGUCUGAUGAGGUUUGCAACUGUGGUUUUGGGUUUGGUCAGCCUGAAAAAUGUGGCGGUUUCGUUUGCUGAGACGGUGAAGAGCUCCGCCCCCAUCUUCACGGUGAUCAUGUCUCGGAUGAUUCUGGGGGAGUACACAGGGCUGCUGGUCAACCUCUCCCUCAUCCCAGUCAUGGGCGGGCUGGCGCUGUGCACGGCCACUGAGAUCAGCUUCAACGUCCUGGGGUUCUCGGCCGCACUGUCCACCAACAUCAUGGACUGUUUGCAAAAUGUUUUUUCAAAAAAGCUGCUCAGCGGGGACAAAUACAGGUUCUCGGCCCCGGAGCUGCAGUUCUAUACCAGCGCCGCUGCGGUGGCCAUGCUCGUCCCGGCCCGGGUCUUCUUUACGGACGUCCCAGUGAUCGGGAGGAGCGGGAAGAGCUUCAGCUACAACCAGGACGUGGUGCUGCUGCUUCUGACAGACGGAGUCCUGUUCCACCUUCAGAGCGUCACGGCGUACGCCCUCAUGGGGAAAAUCUCCCCGGUGACUUUCAGCGUCGCCAGCACCGUGAAGCAUGCCUUGUCCAUCUGGCUCAGCGUAAUCGUUUUCGGCAACAAGAUCACCAGCUUGUCGGCCGUUGGCACAGCCCUGGUGACAGUUGGGGUCCUGCUCUACAACAAAGCCAGGCAACACCAGCAGGAGGCGCUGCAGAGCCUGGCUGCAGCCACUGGCCGGGCCCCAGACGACACAGUGGAGCCACUGCUUCCACAGGACCCCAGGCAGCAUCCCUGAGAGCAGGAAGCUGCCAGCUGCUGCUGUCCUCGUGACACUGCAUCCCCCAGAAAUGGGCAGGGACGCCCUCCUUCAUGGCCCUGCUGCGGUGCAGGGCAUGAGGAGCUAAGUUGGCCAUUGCCUGCGGCUUUCUCGGUUUGUCGGUGAAGACCAGCAGAAACUCAAACUGGGGAUUCCAGGUAUCAGCUUCCUGGAGUAGAGACCAGACCAGUAGCUGACUGUGUCCGCCGAGCCCAUCCCCGUGUAAUGUGAAAACAGCCUCUGAGGCUCCCAUGCUGGGGGUGCCCACUUCCUCUCUGGGCGGCACCCCAGGGUCCACCGGGAGCCAGAGGUGGGUCCAGUGCCAACGAGAGCCGCUCCCUGCCACAGCCAAGAGAGCCCUCGGCUUCCCACACCAGCCGUCGAAGGCCCUGAGGCCCUGGACCGGCGGCAGACUGGCCCUGGGCAUGAGGCCACAGAGCAGGGCCGAAGGGAGGGGACAGAGGGCCCUGGAAGGAAGGGUCUCCUGCUGCCACAGUGGGCACUCAGAACUUCUCCCCACCUGACCCAGGGCUGUGGGCAUCCUCAGACUAUCCCAGAGGCAUCGCAAGCCUCAAGCUGCAGCAUUGCACGGCACUCAAGGGCUACGAGCACGGAGGCCGUUCAGUCGCUUCUGUUUAGAGGAAGGCCCUACCUCUUCCACACCCUGGGCUGCGUGAGCUCCCCACACCGGGGUGCCCUGCCCGUCACCUUCCACACCCUGGGCUGCGUGAGCCCCUGCCCACCUUCCCCCGGGGGGCACCCUGCCCCCCUACCCCUUCCCCACCCUGGGCUGCAUGAGCUCCCCGCAACCCCAGGGCACCCUGCCCUCCUACCUGUGGUGGUUUCCAGCCCUGAGGUUGAGGACAAACCUCUCGUGUUUAACUUGGGAGGAGAUGUGUACGUUCCUUUUCUUUUUUGGACUCUGAGUAUGAGGCAGGCUGUUCUGAGGUCCCCGUGGGGUGAGCCUGUCUGUCCUCCCUCAGAGCCCACUGUUCCUAAUCUCAUCACCUAGCACCUGUCCGGUUCCCCACGUGAGCCUUCAGCAGGACGCUGCAGUGUUGAUGGUUUGGGUUACGUGGCGUUUACCUGGGCGCCGUCCUUGCUGAAAAAGGAAGCGUCCACACUGAAUGUUUCUGGGGCGCGUGGUAUGUGUCAGGCGCCCACCCCGUCCCACUCUCCCCAAGGGACAGUAGUACUGCACACUGGGGCCACCAGCCAGCUCAACUCAUCCUCCUGUGUCACGCACCCCCGAGGGCGCAGGAGGCCUGAGGAGUGGCUACUGGAGCCGUGUGUUAGGCAGAGGCUUCUGACCGUGUCUGAGCUCUUUACCCCCAAUCUCGCAGCCGGCGGAUUCCCAUGCCCGGUGCAGCCUGUUGCCAGCCAGCCUUUGAGACCCAGAGCUCCAGGGCUUGUCAGAGGCAGCUGGGGCUCCAGUGGUCCCCAGUCUCAUUUCCCCACCUGCUCGGCCCCGAGUCUCAUUUCCCCGCCUGCUCGGCCCCGAGUCUCAUUUCCCUGCCUGCUCUUUAGGCCUUUGGCACCCAUGGUCCCUUCACUGGUUUUCCAUUUGGCUUCUCACCCGGGAAAUACAAAAAUAGCCCCUCCUGAAGAUAAAAUCGUUCAGGAACAGAGCAAUAAUUCUGACUCAUUAACUUCUACCUACUCGAAAAAGUCUGCCAUGAUGACGGACCAAAGUGAGGCUUUUUAACCCACAAGUAACCUUUUUAUUUUUUUGAGACAGUCUUGCUCUGUCUGUCACCCAGGCUGGAGUACAGUGCCAUGAUCUUGGCUCACUGCAGCCUCGACUUCCUGGGCUCAAGUGAUCCUCCCACCUCAGCCUCCCAUGUGGCUGGAACCACAGGCACGUGCCACCAUGCCUGGCUAUUUUUUUGUUGAGCUGGGCUCUCGCUUUGUUGCCCAGGCUGGUCUUGAACUCCUCGGCUCAAGCAAUCCUUCCCACUCAGCCUCCCGUAGUGUCGAGAAUAUAGGCGUGGGCUACUACACCUGCUUCAGCCGCUUCUAUAAAACCGCUGACCUGUGUGUGGAGGACAGGCCAGGUGUGUGCUCACUGCGCUGCGAAGAUGUUUUGUCACGUGACUUUCCCUGGGUUUCCAUUUCUUUUUUUCUGCUUUCCUCAAAAACUAAUAGAAGACUGGGUGCGGUGGCUCACGCCUCUAAUCGCAGCACUUUGGGAGGCAGCAGCUGGCGGAUCACAAGGCCAGGAGUUCGAGACCAGCCUGGCCAACAUGAUGAAACCCUGUAUCUACCAAAAAUACAAAAAUUAGCUGGGUGCGAUGGUGGGUGCCUGUAAUCCCAGUUACUCAGGAGGCUGAGGCAGGAGAAUUGUUCGAACCCCGGAGGUGGAGGUUGCAGUGAGCCAAGAUGGUGCCAUUGCACUCCAGCCUAGGCAACAGGGCAAGAUUCCGUCUCAAAAACAAACACUAUUAGAAAAUGCCCUGGAGGUGGCGGGGGGUUGUUGAUUUGUGAGGACAGAUUGAAAGCAAUCCCCAGGGUGGCCUUGUCCACCUCCCCAUCGAGAAUAUGGCUGCCGGCCUCUUUGAAGAUUGUGGUCUGGCAUAAGGAGAGGUGCAGGCGCCUGGUUCUGAGCACCUUGGAAUUUCCAGCCGCACAUCCUCUGGUGCCCUCCCCUCCACCCUCACAAGGAGCUGCCAUCCUGUUUUGAUUUUCUGUUUAUGGACCAGAAACAAACAUUUUUCCAAAGGAUUAGCAAAUAGGGUAAUUUCCUGUGUAACGCUGCUCUGGGGCCUCUUCCUCAUCCUGGCAGAAGGAGCCUGGAGCCCAUGAGGCGGCCAGCACUGUGCCCUUGCUCAGUCGUGCUGUCCCCUCCCUCUCCCUCAGUCUCCUCUCCAUGCCCAAGUCGGUUUCCAGCCGCUGGUCUUCAUGGCAUUCCCAGCACAGCCGGGCACCAAGAGGCAAAACCCAAGGCCUGGCUUGGCCGUGUUAACGAUUGUAGAGACAUUUUUUUAAAUAACUUUGUGUAAUACUUUUCUAGAAUAGUAAGUUCUUGUUGAACUGUCACAGGUGAGCUUCUAGGAACACACCGGGUGUGGUUACUUCCACUGGGUGUGUCCAUGGUCGUGGUCUGUGCCUUUGUAAACAAACAGAACACUUGAACCACCUCCCAAAUUGGGUCAUCUGCUUCUUUACGUUGAUACUUAGAGAUUUGCAGCUGUCUAACUUUCAAGGAAACUUCCCCUACUGAAUGGCAUAAAAAGGUUAAAAAAGAAAAUCCGAGACUCCCAAUUCCCUGUAUAACAGCAUUAAAAUAAUCUGCCUGCCUGGAAAGAUGAGAACACUGUUGCACAACCCAAAAUGUGUCUUUAAUUUGUGAAAAAUUAUCAUGGUGAGUCAGACAGUCAUUUUAAAGAGCUGAACAGAGACUAUCAUCAGCAAAUAGAGCUCAGCUUUGUAGCUGCCUUUAAAAUCCUUGUCCCAAAUCCGGUGAGCUCUGCUUGCUGCCGCCGCGCUCCUGGGUGAUCACUCAGACGGGUUAGUGGGAAUAACGGGCCAACAAGACAGCUUUUUACAUGUGUCCAAAGGAUGGCCUUUCGAAGGCCUGGAAGUAUUUCACUGUUGGAAGAAGUAAACAAGAAUGACAUUCCAGAUGGAAAUAGAAUUCUCUCUCUUGCCUUUGACCAACAUGGUACUAAGGGGUUUAUUCUUUCCCAAUGUAUGUAUGUGCCCUGCUGGGGGCCUUACUUUAUAGAAUGAGAGCAUCCGAGCUUCCCUAAUGAAUCUGGCUAGUUCUGUGUCUGGCUGAGGAUACAGGAGUGGGACAUCCACUCUCCGAUCCCUCAGAGCACAGAAACCUUCAGCUUUGCUGUCUCUGAAGUAUUUCCUCCAGUUUCCCUGCGGGCCCCUAUGUUUGAGUUUGAUGGCUGCUGGAUCCUCACUCAACGAAAACUCGGUUGGAAACUGUUCCGCCUGGCAGUCCUUUUUUGUUGUUUUCCAUCUCAUUUCCCUUUCAUCUGAAAGUGGCAUUCAGCUGACUUGCUCAUUUAGACUGUUCACGGAGUCUGAAUCUGCCAACGUGGUGUUGGAGGCUCCACCUUGAAAAGGGCCACAGUCAGGGCAACUUUCCCCAUACGGGAAAACUUGAAAAUUACAUCAACAGUCUACGUCACAGCCAAAUUAUAUUUCCUUUAUACCAAACAAAACUAUGGAGAACUAAAAGUACAUCAUACAAAACGUUUAUAGUGUUUUGCAUGUGACCUAUUUCAGUAUUUAUAUAACUACAUUAGUGCUUUCUAGCAAACGGUUCUGUUAAUUAGCGAGUCACUGUUGAUUCUGCUGUGGUGGUAAGUUGAUACCGUGUAACUAAUCCUGUGGAUGCCUCCUGGUUAUUUUUGUCCAAACGAAGCAGCUGUGGUAGUAGCUGUCUAUGAUUCUUGCUCAGCAAAGUAAAAUAAAUGUUAAAUAUGGA